GACGAAACUUCUCUCCUUCCUUUCCUUUGUCCCCUUUUGGCAACCAGCCACCGGAAUUACUAGUCGCCCGGCUCUCCAUUGUUUUCUUAUUAAUUUCCCUCCUCUUCUCUCUCUCUCUUGAAAGGCGUUUGACCUUCCUCUCUCUCUUCCAAUUGGUUCUCUGAUCUUUUUGGUUUUGCUUCGAGAACAAAACGAAAGACAGGAUUUUCCUGCCACUUCUUCUGCUUGCUACAGUUAGGAGUUUAUUUCCAUUACAGAGGGGGUUUCUUAAGUAGUAGAGAGUACAGAGCCAAUGGUCUCUUUGGGGCCAAAGGAAUAAAGGGUACUUGACUGUUUGUUAGAUCUUUUGGUAAAUUAGGUCGAAACCACGAAGGAGGGUUUCUUCUGAGGUUAUUCCUUCUAUCUGAGUUGAAGAAGAAGAAGAAGAAGAAGAAGACAGUUGGUGGGUCUUUUGUGGAUUUGGAGAUGGAGAACUACUUUACUGAGAAUUUUGAAGUGCAAGCGAAGAACUCGUCGGAGGAAGCUUUACAGAGAUGGAGGAAGCUUUGUUGGUUGGUGAAGAAUAAGAAGCGCCGGUUCCGUUUCACUGCUAAUCUCUCCAAGCGAUUCGAGGCUGAGGCCAUUCGUCGAUCUAAUCAGGAGAAGCUGAGAGUUGCAGUUUUGGUUUCAAAAGCUGCACUUCAGUUCAUUCAGGGUUUAAGCUUGUCCAGUGACUACAUUGUACCCCAGGAUGUAAAAGAAGCUGGCUUUCAGAUUUGUGCAGAAGAGCUAGGAUCCAUUGUUGAAGGCCAUGAUGUGAAGAAACUAAAAAUUCAUGAUGGGGUGGAAGGUAUUGCAGAAAAGUUGGGCACAACAAUCACCAAAGGCAUUUCCACUUCCGAAAUCGAUAGAAGGCAACGAGUAUAUGGUGUCAACAGAUUCACCGAGACCCCUCCUAAGGGGUUUUGGUUCUUUGUGUGGGAAGCAGUACAAGAUACAACACUUAUGAUACUCGGUAUCUGUGCUUUUGUCUCGCUUCUUGUCGGCAUUGUUACGGAAGGCUGGCCUAAAGGUGCCCAUGAUGGACUAGGAAUUGUUGCCAGCAUUCUUCUGGUUGUAUUUGUCACUGCCACCAGUGAUUACAAGCAGUCUCUGCAGUUCAGAGAUUUGGACAAGGAGAAGAAGAAGAUUGUCAUGCAGGUUACUAGAAAUGGCUUGAGGCAGAAGCUUUCCAUAUAUGACCUUCUUCCAGGAGACAUUGUUCAUCUCUCUAUUGGUGACCAGGUCCCAGCUGAUGGCCUUUUUAUGUCAGGUUACUCGUUAUUGAUAAACGAAUCAAGUUUGACUGGUGAGAGUGAACCAGUUAAUGUCAAUGCUUCAAACCCAUUUCUCCUUUCUGGGACCAAAGUUCAGAAUGGUUCUUGCAAGAUGCUUGUGACAACUGUUGGAAUGAGGACACAAUGGGGUAAGCUCAUGGCUACUCUUAGUGAGGGAGGAGAUGAUGAGACUCCACUGCAGGUCAAAUUGAAUGGAGUUGCCACGGUCAUUGGGAAAAUCGGCUUGUUCUUCGCUGUUGUGACAUUUUCUGUCCUAGUGCAAGGGUUGUUCACUCGGAAGCUCGAGGAAGGAACCCAAUGGAUUUGGUCUGGAGAUGAAGCUGUGGAAAUGUUGGAGUUCUUUGCCAUUGCUGUCACCAUUGUUGUGGUUGCAGUUCCCGAGGGACUUCCUUUGGCUGUAACUUUGAGUCUUGCUUUUGCUAUGAAGAAGAUGAUGAAUGAUAAAGCGCUAGUUCGACAUCUGGCUGCCUGUGAAACAAUGGGUUCCGCCACUACUAUCUGCAGUGAUAAAACCGGGACUCUAACAACUAACCACAUGACUGUUGUCAAAACUUGCAUCUGUGGGGAGAUUAAGGAAGUGAGCGGUUCUGAGAAGUUUGGGUCUUCUAUUCCUGAAUCGGUUAGGAAAAUUCUACUUGAGUCGAUAUUCAACAACACUGGAGGAGAUGUUGUGGUUAACGAAGCUCAGAAAGUAGAGAUUCUAGGCACUCCCACUGAAACUGCUCUUCUUGAAUUGGGUCUCUUGCUUGGUGGAGACUUUGAGGAAGAAAGAGUGAAAUCGAAGAUUGUAAAGGUUGAGCCUUUCAACUCUACAAAAAAGCGAAUGGGAGUAGUUCUAGAGCUUCCUGAAGGAGGUUUCCGUGCUCAUUGUAAAGGUGCCUCGGAGAUAGCUUUAGCUGCAUGUGACAAGUUUCUUAAUUCUAAUGGAGAUGUUGUUCCACUUGAUGAGGCAUCCACCACCCAUCUCCAAGACACGAUUGAGAAGUUUGCUAGUGAAGCCCUUCGAACUCUUUGCCUUGCAUACUCUGACAUUGGAAGUGAAUUUUCAGAAAGUGGUGAUAUUCCUUUCCAAGGAUACACUUGCAUUGCUAUUGUCGGUAUCAAAGAUCCAGUCCGCCCUGGUGUCAAGGAAUCUGUUGCGGUUUGUAGGUCUGCUGGAAUUGUUGUUCGGAUGGUCACUGGAGAUAACUUAACAACUGCCAAGGCCAUUGCCAGAGAAUGUGGAAUUCUGACUGACGAUGGGCUAGCAAUUGAAGGUCCUGAGUUCAGGGAGAAGAGUGAUGCCGAGUUGCAGCAACUUAUUCCCAACCUCCAGGUGAUGGCUCGAUCUUCACCAAUGGAUAAGCAUACCCUUGUGAAGCAACUAAGAACUACGUUUCAAGAGGUUGUCGCUGUGACUGGUGAUGGUACAAAUGAUGCUCCUGCACUUCAUGAGGCAGAUAUUGGGCUUGCUAUGGGUAUCGCAGGAACUGAGGUGGCUAAAGAGAGUGCGGAUGUCAUUAUUUUGGAUGACAACUUCUCAACAAUUGUGACAGUGGGAAAAUGGGGGCGUUCGGUUUAUGUGAACAUCCAGAAGUUUGUGCAAUUUCAAUUGACUGUUAAUGUAGUUGCCCUUGUUGUCAACUUCACUUCAGCCUGCCUUACUGGUUUAUAUGAUCCGAUUGCUCUUCCAGGAAAUGCCCCUUUAACAGCUGUUCAGCUUCUGUGGGUCAAUAUGAUCAUGGACACUCUAGGAGCACUGGCUUUAGCCACAGAGCCUCCAACUGAUGAUUUGAUGAAGAGAGCUCCGGUUGGUAGGAAAGGCAACUUCAUCAGUAAUGUAAUGUGGAGGAAUAUCACGGGGCAAUCUUUGUAUCAAUUCGUGGUGAUAUGGUACCUUCAGACACAAGGAAAGGAAGCAUUUCGACUUGACGGCCCAGAUUCUGAUUUGAUACUCAACACUCUCAUUUUCAACUCAUUUGUCUUUUGCCAGGUUUUCAAUGAGAUCAGCUCAAGGGAGAUGGAAAAAGUGAAUGUCUUCGACGGCAUAUUGAAGAACUAUGUGUUCGUAGCUGUGUUGAGUUGCACUGCCAUCUUCCAGAUCAUAAUUAUUGAGUUCCUGGGUACAUUUGCAAGCACAACUCCUCUCACGUGGCAGCAGUGGUUUGUAAGCAUAGCAUUUGGGUUCCUCGGCAUGCCAAUUGCUGCUAUUCUGAAGAUGGUUCCUGUAGGAUCAAGCUGAUUGUGAAGUCCUGAUUCUUCAACAUGGAAAAUGACAGCACUUGUUUUGAGUGGUGGGGGAGGAAGGAACUACUCACUAGUCACUACUCAGGGAAGAGAGAACCCUAUUAGCAGAAGUUUCUAUGGAAGGAAGGAAGGUGGGGAGGGAAGUGAAAGACAGCAAAGCUUUGAUGUUGCUGUUGUUGUUGUUUUCAAGUCAAGGGAAGGGCAGGACUGUGCAACUGGUAUAGCCCCAGAAGAAGGUUUUACUUUCUUUUGCAGAGAAAUAGGUACCCAAAAAUUGACAGAGAGAGCAGGGGACAGUACCAAGUACUUCUUUAGCCAGUUUUUGACCUGUACAGCUAUGUAUUGAGCUCUUAUUGGACUUUGGUGAAAAUGAAAAGAAAACGAGAAAAGUUUUCAUCUUUUUGGCUUUUCCCCCCUGCCUUAUUUUUCACCCUCCCUCCAUCAUCAUAUCUAUGGAGACGUCAAUCCCAUCUGGCUCGUAUCUUUUGGGGUUUCUCUCUUUGCCAGAGUCACCACAACAACAAUCAAUUUUGGUUUUGGGUUCCUUGUGAGUGUUGGUUGUGACUUGUGAGUGUGCAGCUGCAGAGCUCUCUCUGUCUCUCUCUGUGGUACCAUUUUCUUCCAAUCUUGCUUGCAUAUGCAAUCACACUGGAUUUCCUUUACUGUUAUUUGGC